UCCGCCAUUUCAUUUUUUGAAGUUACUUGUGACAAGUUACAAGAUUUGAUUCAAAAUGGUAUUGUUUUACAACUGGGUUGGGUCAGUUAUAAUCGACAUAUCAUUUUAAUCUGGCGAUCAGACACGUUUUGGUGGAGGACCAGUUUGUGGAUUUUGUGGAAUUGAUGGGCAUAGGCAAGUUGCGGAUUUCGCCUAUUUUCCAAACGUGUUCUACGCGCUAAAGUUUUUGUAUGAGUUGAAUGCUGGUUGUGGAUAAGGGGAGGCAAAGGGAAGGCCCGUGAAGCCUCGGCUUUGGAGUGGGAGUCAUGGCUGGACAUUUUGACGCAGAGGACCGUGCAAGUUGGUACUGGGGAAGAUUAAGUAGACAGGAGGCAGUUUCACUUUUACAAGGACAGAGACACGGAGUGUUUUUGGUGAGAGACUCUAUUACCAGCCCUGGCGACUACGUGCUGUCCAUUUCAGAGAAUUCCAAAGUCUCUCAUUACAUAAUCAACAGCAUCAGCAACAACCGGCAGUCUGGCUCAGGCCUGGCACCUCCACGGUUCCGCAUAGGGGACCAGGAGUUUGACACCCUCCAUUCCCUGCUGGAGUUUUACAAGAUCCACUACCUGGACACCACCACUCUGAUAGAGCCCUUCAACAAGGCCAAACACCCUUCAUUCGUCAGCGUCAACACAGCUGCCGGAGGCCCGCCGCAGCGGCUGGAAGGCGAGUUUGUCCGUGCCCUCUUCGAUUUCCCAGGCAACGACGAUGAAGACCUGCCUUUCAGAAAGGGCGACAUCCUACGGGUUCGGGAGAAGCCUGAGGAGCAGUGGUGGAAAGCCCAGAAUUUAGAGGGGCGUGCCGGGAUGAUCCCUGUGCCCUACGUGGAGAAGUACCGACCGGCCUCUCCCACCUCAGGGGGCCCAACAGGGGGUCCCGGUGGGGUGGGCUCGGUAGACGGCUCCAGUGUUCAGGGCCCUCCUCUGCUUGACCCGAGCCAGUAUGCCCAGCCCACACCUCUGCCCAACCUGCAGAACGGACCCGUCUUUGCCAGGGCCAUCCAGAAGAGGGUGCCCAACGCCUACGACAAGACCGCCCUUGCCUUAGAGGUGGGCGACAUGGUGAAGGUGACAAAGAUCAACGUGAACGGCCAGUGGGAGGGCGAGUGCAAGGGCAAGAGCGGCCACUUCCCCUUCACCCACGUUAAGCUGCUGGACCAUAACAACCCUGAGGACGAUGCGAGCUGAGAGUGGACACUGGGCUCCUUGGGCUCCUCCCAUCCCUUACUCUGCCCUUAGACACACACACUCACUCCCUCUCCUGCCACCAUCGCCCCUGUGCCAAUCAGCAGCCUCCUCAUGGCCACACACAUACACACCACUUCCUCUUACUCAGUUGGCCCCGUUAGAUAAUCAUUACACUGUGUCAUCUUCACUCACACCACCAGUAUUUAUACCACUUCAGCACCAUGGUCAGCUCUAUCAAAACACACACGCACCCACACACAUUCCCCUUCUAAAGAAGAAAGACUCAAGCCUUGUCUGCUGGGAUGAGGACAGUGGCUGUGUAUUACCAAGAGGAAGAGGGGGAGUGUGUGGACAGCCAUUCAGAGAGAGGGAGAGGGAAAGAUAGAAAUGCUGGACUGGGAUGGUACACACAGAGAUCCAUGGAGAAACACUUUCUCUGGCUGUCGAGGAGAGCCGUUAGGAUAACACUACAUUGUACACACAACUAUCAUCCUCACUACAAAUCCACGACCAAGUAACUAGUAGUCUUUUGAAAGAAAAAAACAUAUUAUUAUGAAAUUGUUGAUAACCAUUACAUGCUAAAAUCAUGUUUCUUUUUUGCCUCGUUUUUCUGCAUAGUUUUUCUGAGAAGUAACAUUGCCAGUCCACCACUAUUGCGGAGAUCUCAUCAAAUGUGUAGGCUAUGUUGUGUGCUUAUGGUAUUGUCAGGCGCUAACCCUCUGUCUUAUUUGUUUGUGUCUGUCUUGCGUUGCUUGUCUGUGCUCUUUGACAAGCCUUUGUCUGCUCCGCUCCUACUCCGAAUCACUAAAACAUAUAUUAUUAUUGUUUACACACAGCUGUUCACUUUUUCACCUUGUUCUAAACAGUGGAUAUGACUUGUGUAUGAUCUGCUAGGGUCGCGCAAAUGUUCUGCCAUAUCAUAUAAUACCAUAGCCAAGGAUCGACUGUUAAAAGGACAUUUUCGUAUGACGUAAGCUCAAUGUUAAUUUAAAUUGGCUUUCUCCUUGCAGGCUGUCAGAUUUAAAACUGAUUACUGUAGUACUUGUUAUCCUAUACACUUUGGUUACAAAGUAAAGGCAGUGCAUUGACACUGAGUGUUCUCACUUUUCUGUUCUAGAUUCCUGUCAUCCACUAUAUUUUGAGAAUUGAUGUCUGUCUGUAUUCAUUAGUGUAAUGGAGCAAGAAAAAAACCUUUCAUUUGCAUGCAUCCACAAACCACCAUACUAUUACUAAGGUUGUCUACUUUUAAUAGGUGUUCUCUGUUGAUAAGAGAUCACAGUUCAGUCCACCUGUUGACACAUGACAAUCAUCUUUCCAUUCCUAUCAUGUAGAAAACUGACAAAGUUUUCUACACGAUAGGAUCACCCUGGCACAGCAUCACAAAUGUUACAGAUAUAAGUAGUUCACUGUACACAGCAGAUUCGUAUGUCUGUUCCACUAUAAAUUAAACCUGUAUCUGACCAUUCUUACACUUUGCACCCCACUGAAUGUGCCCCUGAAAUUGACUUGGAUAACUUCACCUCCUAGAGUGGUUUCCCGUAGAUUUAGGCAGAGGUGACUUGAGAAAUGGGUUACCUCGUCCUCAGUAGAACUGGCCACUAGGGUGCACUGCAACAGCAUUAGGCAGAGAGGUGCUUGGUGAACCAAAGUGCUAGUCUGCCUCUUAGUCUGCCACUUUUAUCAAUACAGUAGUCUGUGUUGAGGAUGCUGGAGGUGAAAUUUGUUUUAGUUCUUUCAGAAUGCACUUUAAUCAGUUAUUAUUUACAAUUACUUGUCAGUUCAGACCCCUCCCUUUCAAUUACUUUUCUUGUCUUUUCUUUAUUGUUCUAAUAUGUCAUUUCUGCUGUGUGUUCAUUGUCUGUGGCAGACCUCGUGGUGGCUUUUUUUUAAUAAGCUAAGGUAAUUUAGCCCCAAAUUUAUGAAGCAGCUGUGAAAAAUCAAAACGCAUGCAUUGUCAGGGUGUGAAGACUUCAGAAAUGAGUAUGGUAAUACGAGUUAAACUCCAAUCAUGUAGUACCUCAUCAAAAAUACACAAUGUACUGUCCUUAGAUGUAGGUUCUGGGUAGUAGAUUCUGCAAAGUCCAGAGGAAUAGAAUAUAUAACCUUUUGACGAUUGGAUUGUCCUCAAACCACAGGGGUUUUCCCGUUGCCUUCAAACUUGUACCAUUUCUCUGUAUAAUUGUAGCUUUCGGACCACCUGACAAACUGUUUUAUAGACAAUUUAUGCCACAAUCUAUGUUUAGGGCAAGGUUGGGUAGGUUACUUUCUAAAUGUAAUCAGUUAGUUACUAGUUACCUGUCAUUGUAAUCAGUAUUAACUUUUGGAUUAUCCAAACUAUAAUCGGAUUACUUUCAGUUACUUUUGGAUUACUUUCCCCUUUUUAUAAGCAUUAGAAUAAGACAAAAAGGAACCAUCAAACACAUUUGGUGUGUCAUCAUAGUGGUCAGACUUGCUCAGGUGGAACAAACUUAAACUUAAACUCAUCUAGUUUUUCAAAAGUAUCUGUAAUCUGGUUACAAUAUUUUAUCUGGUAAUUUAACUAAUUACAGUUAGUUUCUUUGUAAUCAGUUACUCCAGUAUUAACAUCUGUUAAAUCAUGUCUGCUUUUUCAUUCAUUCUCUCAAUGCAUGCCUGUUGUUUAUGUAAUCUCUCCUUAUUUUCAUGAUUUUGUUUUGUCAGUCAUGCCUAUAAAUAUUUUAAAGUAUUGUAUUUUUGUAACCCUGUGUAAGUCAUGACCUUUCAUAAGGGGGCUUGGUUGGCAUCCGCAAAUGGAAAUUGUAUUAUAACACUAUAUUCUUUAAAGACAAUUGAAAUUACCUUUUAUUUUCUGUAGCAUGUAAUGUGUUAAGAUAUACAUAGUAAAUAAAGGCAAAGGGUUGGCUAAUGAAAAUACUGUACCCAAUCAA